AUGGCAGAUCGACCUCGGUCAAAGAUUAUCGAAGACAAUCCGAUCGGGAACGGUCUUGACGCCCUCCACGCUUCGUUCAAUUCGGUCUGCGAAAACAGGAGGAUCCCGUGCACUCCGGACGCGCUUGGUCAGCUUGACCAAAAAGAUUUACAAAAUCUCACCCUCGAUCUUCUCUCCGCCCUGCGAAACAUCCCCGCCAUCCGUCUCCUACCCUCGAAGACAGGUCGUGGCACCCUUCGAAGCGACCUUCUCCGGCUCGAGCUCUCACUCGACUCCGGCGACUUCGACCUCGACCGUAUCAAGCCGCUCCUCAAGUCAGCCAUCAGCAAUACUCUAGACGAUGCACACAUUUGGGAUGAAGCCUACCGAGUCGUCACCGAAUCCACCCCGCCCCCCCAGCCGGUAGCCUCUUCCCUUCAACAAACCCCUUGGCUGCACAAAACGAGCAGCUUCGCAAAUUCAUUGGAAUACCGUCAAGAUGUGGACAGGGUCCUCAAGUUGGAACUUGGCCCGCUCUAUGUCGGGCUUCCUGAGUUCCGCACAAUAUACUUUGGACGCGUGGCAGGGUGGAGCGGAUGGCCGAAAGAUGCGAAUCAAGAUGAGGUGUUGAGCUGGUUUGCGGACCUGUGCGAAAAGCUGGCGGCAUUCGCAAAAGACUACAGGUCGGACCCGGCCGACCGACGCAGGCCUGUAGCACAGCCGAACAAGCCAAUUCAUGGUUCCACAGGGGAACGCAAACUUGACGUCGGCUUUGUGGACGACCCCAAGGCUGAAAAAGACUCCCGAUGCCACUGGUCGCAAAUACUUGUUCCGGGCGAGUUGAAGAGCAAUCCAUUGGCCGACAAAGCGUCAAAGGCAUGGCUUGAUCUUGGGACAUACGCGAGGGAAGUCCUCGCUGCUCAAGAUACUCGUCGCUUCGUCUUGGGCUUUACUCUUUGUGGUUCUCUAAUGAGGAUAUGGGAGUUUGAUAGAUUAGGGGGUAUCGCAUCCGAGCAUUUCGACGUCAAUGAAGAUGGACUGCAGUUUGUGUUCACGAUCCUCGGGUUUCUCUGGAUGAGCGAGGAGGAGCUUGGCUUCGAUCCGACAAUCAUGACGGCGAAUGACAAGCGAUUCAUCGAGAUCCAGCGGGAUGGUACAACAGAGCGCCUCAUCAUCGACAAGGUGAUGCAACGCGCACGUUGCAUAGCUGGCCGGGCUACGACUUGCUGGAAAGCCCAUCGCGAAGGACAGCCACAGACACCUCUUGUCAUCAAAGACUCGUGGCAGUACCCAGAACGCGAUGAGGAAGGCGAAUUGUUACGCGAGGCAACUAGUCAAGGCGUUAUCAACGUGGCCCGAUACUACUACCACGAGACUGUCCAGGUACACAGCACGGAUGACGAUAUUCGAGGCAACGUUCGUGGAGGACUAGAUGUCAGCACAGCUACGAACUACCGGCCGGGACGUUCGAUGCCGCCCCCAAGUGCAAUCGCGUCUGAAGCUUCACGAAGAGCUCGCAGCAGUAGCCGCGCUGCCGGCAAGAAGCGAUCAUCCAGCCAAAUUGGCGCUCAUCUGCCUCCCUGUAAGCGAUCCUGUUCGUCAUCUCCAACGAAGGCUGGUCGCGACGCACCAUCGAAUCGGGUGCAUCGCCGUGUCAUUCUCCAUGACUAUGGAGAGCCAAUCUACAAGGCAAGCUCCCGAUCGGCUCUCCUCACAGCGUUCGAGGGCUGUAUUCAAGGACACGAAUCAUUGCGCAAGGCUGGUUUCCUACACAGGGACAUCUCGAUUAAUAAUCUGAUGGUCAACGAGGACGACGACAACCUUUCCUGGCCUGCAUUCUUGAUUGACCUGGACCUCGCCAUCAGAGAGCGGCGAAGUGGCGCCUCUGGGGCAAGAGGCAAGACCGGCACGAGGGCGUUCAUGGCUAUCGGGGUGCUUCUAGGCGAGCAGCAUUCAUUCAUGCACGAUCUCGAGUCAUUCUUUUGGGUCCUGUUCUGGAUAUGCGUCCACUAUGACGGGCCAAAUAAGCCUAGGGUCAUUCCUGACGAGAUUGAGGUCGCCGAUGGCCAGGUUUCGGGCUCUUCGCGCCUACUCACGGUAAACCGGUCUGGCUGGCUGAUCUCACCACAGUUCAGCGUCAGCCAGAUCCCAGCUUUCAAAGUGCAGGCUAAACGGGCAUCCCAACCGUACAAGAAGGCAUUCAAGGAAGAGAGACAGGAGCGGUGA